AUGGCUUCUUCGACAAACACAAUUUUGUUCAAAAAUCUAGACACUCAUUGUUACAACUUCAUAACCCUUUUUCAAAAUUUGACCAUAAAUCUAUCAUUUUAUUUGUGGCAUGAUUGUUUGUUCUUAGAUACCUAUGCCAAGUUAAUUCCAGGAGCUUUGAAGAUUCGUAUCUUGUCCCUUUCACCAUUUUUCAUCAAGAUAUUAUUGGAGUUAUAUUUUUUUUUUUGCGAGGUUAGAGUAAAAAAAAUAUUAAAGAUCUAUGAAGACGGGGGCACAAGAAUCCAUGUGAUGUUGUUGUUGUCCCUUGAGUUUCGUCUUUUCACAGUUUCCUUGCUAUUUUUUUCAAAUGAAGAAUGGUGCAAAUGUGGAAAUCAUGGGCAUGAUAUUCAACAAGGACAUUGAGCAACAAAUACUUGUGUCCAAGCCUAUAUUUACUAGAUCGAUUCAAAAUGAUUUUCCUUUGGCUACAAUGCUAGAGUAUACUUUGAGCAUCGUUCCUUGUAAGGACUUUGUUGAUUCAAUUCCUAGUGAGUUCCCAUUAUAUCUGGCAUGUUCAUGAGUGUGGUUAGAACGUGCAAACAUGCAAUCGAAAACAAAUGUUGGAGAUGGUUUUCGAGUAAGUGUCUCAAGUACACCUAGCAAUUCCAGUGGUGGAUCUGAAAAAGAUGAAAUAUAUUCAUUUCGUGAUGUUUAUAUAUGGGGAGAGGUUUUUACAAAUGGGGUUUCGCUUGAUGGGAUUGGAACUCAAAUCCCUUCCAAGGAAAAUGUACUGAUUCCUAAGCCUUUAGAAUCAAAUGUUGUUCUUGAUGUUUCGCACAUUGCAACUGGUGUCCAACACAUUGCUAUGGUAACUAGACAAGGACAAGUGUUUACUUGGGGAAAAGAAUCAGGGGGAAGACUUGGUCAUGGAAUUGAUAAAGACUUUAACAAUCCUCGUCUAGUUGAAUUUCUAAAAGAUACUAAUUUUGAAUUUGUUACAUGCGGAGAGUAUCAUACAUGUGCUAUAUCUAAGUCUUAUGAACUUUAUACGUGGGGUGAUGGAACACACAAUAUUGGACUUCUUGGCCAUGGUUACGAGGUUAGCCAUUGGAUACCAAAAAUGGUUAAUGGUCCUUUGGAAGGACUUCAAGUUGUGUCUGUUGCAUGUGGCUCAUGGCAUUCAGCAUUGACAACCUCAAAUGGAAAACUUUUUACCUUUGGUGACGGGGCAUUUGGUGUCUUGGGUCAUGGAGAUCGAGAAAGUGUGUUGUAUCCAAGGGAGGUACAACUAUUAAAUGGGUUAAAAGCUAUGAAGGUUGCAUGUGGAGUUUGGCACACAGCUGCUAUUAUAGAGGUUGCAUUUCAAUCUAGUUCAAAUACUUCACCAUGGAAGCUCUUCACAUGGGGUGAUGGUGACAAAUAUCGUUUAGGUCAUGGAAACAAGGAAACAUACCUUCAACCUACCCGUGUUUCUUCACUCAUGGAAUAUAAUUUUCACAAAGUAGCAUGUGGGAACACAAUGACUGUUGCUCUUACUACAUCUGGUCAUGUUUUUACCAUGGGAGGCACAGAAAAUGGACAAUUAGGAAAUCCUUUGUCGAUUGGAAAAAUGCCUACCCUAGUCCAAGAUAAGUUGCUUGGAGAGUUUGUUGAUGAAUUAUCAUGUGGGGCACAUCAUGUUGCUAUCUUAACAACAAAAGGUGAACUAUAUACAUGGGGAAUGGGUGCUAAUGGAAGAUUGGGACAUGGAGACGUAGAAGAUAGGAAAUCUCCUACAUUGGUUGUUGCCUUGAAAGAUAGGCAAAUAAAAAAUAUAUCAUGUGGUUUUAAUUUUACAUCAUGUAUAUGCAUCCAUAAGUGGGUCUCUACAACUGAUAAAUCUGAUUGCUCUAGUUGUCGACAAGCAUUUGGGCUAAAAAGAAAAGGGCAUAAUUGUCACAAUUGUGGAUUAGUCUUUUGUCAUGCUUGUAGUUCAAAAAAGGCAUUGAAAACUGCAAUGAGUCUAACACCAGAAAAACCUCACCGUGUGUGUGAUAAUUGUUAUGUUAAGCUUAAAAUUGUAAAUGAUAAUGGUGCUUCACAGUUAGAUAAAAAUGCUACUCAUUCUCAUUAUUCUAUAAAUAGAAAGGAAAUAUCUAACCAAGAAACAAUAAGGUCUACAGGAACUCUCUUGUCUAUCAUCACUGAACCAGUGAAAUACCUUGAGAUAAAGAAUACAAUUCUUGAAAGUAAAAGUUAUACUACUUCCUUUGUACGAGCUUCUCAAGUUCCAUCUCUUGUACAAUUGAAAGAUAUUAUAUUUCCAAGUUCACUUAGUUCUACAUAUAGUGUUUUAAGGCCUACAAUACCUCCCAAUCCGUUACAAACUUCACCACCACCUACCACUUUGGUGCCCAUAUCCACACACACAAGAAGUCAAAGCCCAAUACGUGCUUCCAUUCCUAGAUUUUCUGGAAGUCUUAGUGAUAGUUUAAAAAGGACAAAUGAACUUUUGAGUCAAGAAGUUUCAAAGUUGCAGAAACAAAUUCAGAGUUUGAAGAAAAGAAAUGACAUGCAAGACAUGGAAAUUAAGAAGCUUAACAAAAAGUCUACAGAAGCUAUUGCCUUAGCUGCAGUGGAAUCUUCUAAUCAUAGAGUAACAAAAGAUUUUGUUGAAUCUACUGUAUACCAGUUGAAAGAAAUGAUUGAGAAGUUUCCACAAGAAACUACAGAAAGUAAAAAUUUCAAAUCUGUGCUUACUCAAGUUGAAGACUUUCUGAAAGAAAAUUUAGAAUGUAAAGCAUCUUCUUCACCACCAAAGUUGGGGUCUAUGAAGCAAAAUGCACCAGAUAUAUCUGCACCAAGUAGUGACUUCUCCAAACUACAAAUAGAUAGACUUGAAGAAAAUGUGGAUGUUACAAAAGUUGAUCCUUGUUUGAAUAAAGGAAAUUUCCUUAAUGAAAGUGAAAAAUCAAUGUUAGAUCCUAAACAACAAAAUGUAUGUGAUCUACCUACCUUAAAUAGUGGCUUUUCCAAACUACAAAAAUAUAAACUAGAAGAACAAACAGAUGGUAUAGGAGGUAAUCAAUGUCAAGAUGAAGGAAAUUUUGUUGAAGAAAAUAAUAAAUCAGAGUUAGAGUCCAAACAACAAAAUAAACCAUCUUCAAAUGUUAGCACUUCUGAAAUGCAAGAACACAAACUAGAAGAGUAUGCCAUAGAAGUUGACCCUUACCAAGAUAAAUGGAAUUUACUAGAAGAAAGUAAUACACCUAAUAUGCUUGCCUUAAUUAGUGAUGUUUCUGAAUUACUAAAGGAUAGACUAGAAGAGAAUGUUGAGGUUACAAGAGUUGAUCAGUCCCAAGUUGAAGGAUAUGUCCUUCAAGAAAGUAAUGGUUCAAGAUCGUUGGAGUUUUCAAGUGGAAUAAUGCCUCCACAGAACUUACAUAAUUGUUCAAGAUCAUUGGACUCCUCAAGAUUUGAGAGACAAGGAGAAAUACAAGUUAUUGAAAAAUUUGAACAUGGUGUUUACGUGACACUCGUGUUACGAUCUGAUGGUAUCAAAAUUUUUAAACAAGUCAAAUUCAAUAAACGAUGGUUCACUAAAAGUCAAGCAGAAGAAUGGUGGAACCAAAAUAAAGGUAGAGUACUUAGGAAAUAUUGUCCAACACAUCAAAAAUUAUCAAUUGGAACUUCUAAUGUCACAUCACUUGUUAAAGAAAUUAUUGAGACAUAUCCUCCCUAA